UAAGUUACAACUGGCGUAUAGCUAUCUUGAGUCCAGUAUAUAGUAAGUUACAUCGUAAAGCUAUCUUGAAUCUAAUUUUGAAUACAGGUAUCUGUGUUACGAAAUAAGUUGCAUAAACUUCUACUGUUGACUGGCCUUCUAUAUAACAACACCACUAACCCUACCCUGAGUGAAAUGGAUGAGUCAUUGCAGAUAUUCGUGGUAGCAAUCAUCAUUGUAGGUGCCAUCAUAAUUAAUGGAAUACUUGCCAUUGUUGCUAUAGCAUUGGUUGUGGUACUAGUCAGAAAACGAAGGAGACAGCGAAUAUCUAAACUAAAGGCAAAUGUAAUGAAUGUGGAAGCAGCUGAGAUGACUGAAUGCAACAUAACAGUGCAAGAGGCAGCUCAAAGGGACCAACGCCCACCUCAAGAGGAGCAAGAGUCAGCUCAGAAGGAUCAACACCCACCUCAAGAGGAGCAAAAAGCAGCUCAAAAAGACCAACGCCCACCUCAAGAGCAGCAUGAGUCAGCUACGAGGGACCAACACCCACCUCAAGAGGAGCAAGAAGCAGCUACAAGGGACCAACGCCCACCUCAAGAGGAACAAGAAGCAGCUACAAGGGAUCAACGCCCACCUCAAGAGGAGAGAAACCCAUUUGAGUUGCCGGACAUUCUAAAAUUGAGAUACGAGAUCACAGAGUACGAAGCAUACGGAUUCCUGGGGUCAGGUGAUCAAAGUCAGUAGUUAGCCACUUAUGUAAUGCAGCUAUUCAAUCACAAUUCGUAACACACUAGCACGCGCGUCUCAUACUAUUAGCCAAAAGAUAGAUUUAUUUCCCAUGAAAACUGUGCAUUGCCAACAGAGCUUACCUAUUACUAUUCUUAUUCAUGAAACUGUUUAUUGAAGGAUUAUUACAACAACACUUCACUCUAUUGAAUGAUUUGCAUGCAUGUAUACCGUAAGAGCAAAAUUAAUUCAUAUCCCAAGAUGAAACUGAAUCAAAGUAUUGUGGACAUUACGAUUACAGGGGCGGAUCCAGCCAAACAUUUAUAGGGGGUUAUAAAACAAAAGCGUGCGUUAGCGCGCGCAAAAUGUUUGACCACGACCCCUUUAACGCCCACUUAAUUGAAUGUCUACUACAGUUAGGUGCCAUGUCAUGUAUGUAUAGGAUAGACUACACCUAAGAGUAGAAUAUGCGUCUAUGUAACCUCCGCGGUUGCGGUUAGCCCGAGGCGCAAAGCCGAGGGAAUCUAACCGUAACCAAGGCGGUUACUAAGACGCAUAUUCUACGAGUGGGUGUGGUCUAUCUAACUUGGACUUCAUUGCGCAUGCGCGAGGCGUGGUUAUAAAAAAGCCAGGUUUGGUGCGUAGCAACAGAAAUUGAAUUUGUGCGAGCUGGACGAGCUGGAGCUGUGAGAGACACCAGUUGACAGAAAAAGACAAGAAGACGGCUUCAAAACAACGAAAAACUACAGUAAAACUUAGUAAAGCUUGUGAAACGCUUCCUGAAGAUACUGGAAAGAACAGACAUGUAAAAAGAACAUAGAACUAUGCUAGAACUGACUCUGCAACACUACAAGAAGAAGAAUGAAGCACUGUGGUGGAGUGGAGGGGGUAUAGAGCAGACUGGAUAGGCAUGGAACCUCAAUAGAAAGUGUCAAGCGACUACUAAAGUGUUUUUGAUGCUUCCUGGCCCCCCUGCCCAUGCCCAACUGGAAAAAGCAAUACAAAGCAACAGUGGACAUGGAAAGAAUGGAUAUUGACUGAAAAAACUAUUGCAUUCUGUGUUUUUUAUAAUGUUUUUGUCAUCUUCUUGUCACUUUUCACUAAAAAUUUCAUUCCAACUUUUGAGAACUUCCUGCAAAUUAUUUGUCACUUCCUGUAGAAUAUACGUCCAUUUCCUGUAGAAUAUGUGUCCACUUCCUGUAGAAUAUGCGCCCAUUUCCUGUAGAAUAACUACCUUCCUGUAGAUUAUGCUUCCAUGUAAUCUACUGUUUUUAGCCAAUCAGA